GAAAGCAGCUGCUGUACGUCCUGAGAAAGGAGAGGGGAGAGAGACCCACAGAGACAGGGUCCAGGGACAGUGGAAGGGCCUGGAGCUGCCAUCUGGGAGCCAGCCCCAGACCCCUGCCCCCAGGGGCUGGAGGGGCUGAGACAGACAGACAUCCUUCAGACAGACAGACAGAGCAGACAAGGAAGGGGGUGUCAGAGCCAGAAAGACCAGACAAACUGACAGGAAAGGGGGCAGGGACAAGGACACAAAGAGAGGGGCAAGGAGAAGAGAGAAGGCAGGGUAGGAGAGAGAAAAGGAAAAGAAGGGAGAGGAGAGCAAAGAUCUGGGGCCACAGCACCAGGAGCCUUUGAAGCUGCAGGCGGUGUCCCCAGGGCCAGGGGUCAGGACAGGUCACCAGCAUCGUCGUGGGCAGGCCAGGCCCGCAGCAUGAAUGGCCCCGCACUUCUGAGGAGAAAUGCUAGCAAACGGGGCCUGGAGAAGCUGCUGAGGCUCACAGCUCAGUGGAGAGAAGAAGACAAAGAAGAGGCUGCCCGUGAGCAACGCCAACGGGAACGAGAGAAGCAGCUGCAAGACCAGGACAAAGAUGAAGACGAAGGCGGCCAUUCCCUGGAACAGCCAGCACAGCAGGCACUCCUCAGCCUAAAGUCCUCUGAACUGGAUGAAGAUGAGGGUUUUGGUGACUGGUCCCAAAAGACGGAGCAGCGGCAGCAAUUCUGGGAGAACGAGGGCACUGCAGAGGGUAGAGAGCCCUCGCAAAGUGAGAGUCCAGAGGAGAAGCAAGCAGAGGACAGGGCUUAUGAAACCAAAGUCCAGCUGGAGGAGUUAAACCUGAGCCAGGGGGAGCCCAGUCCAGAGGAUGCUAUUGGAAGUUCUGGUGAGGCAGAAGAGCACCUGACAAGUCAUCAGGCCAGGACCCCCAGCCCUUUGGCCUUGGAAGAGACUGUUGAACUGAGUUCACCUCCCCUAAGCCCCACCACCAAACUGGCUGAUAGGACGGAGUCCCUGAAUCGCUCCAUAAAGAAGAGCAACAGUGUGAAGAAGUCCCAACCAGCCUUGCCCAUUUCCACAAUUGAUGAGCGCCUGCAGCAGUAUACCCAGGCCACUGAGUCUGCUGGCCGAACUCCCAAGCUGUCCCGACAGCCUUCCAUAGAGCUGCCCAGCAUGGCUGUAGCCAGUACCAAGACUCGUUGGGAGACAGGAGAGGUACAGACUCAGUCUGCUUCCAAGACACCCUCCUGCCAGGAUAUUGUAGCUGGAGACAUGAGCAAGAAAAGCCUGUGGGAGCAGAAAGGAGGCUCCAAGAUCUCAUCCACCAUCAAGAGCACCCCAUCUGGAAAGAGAUACAAGUUUGUGGCCACUGGACAUGGGAAAUAUGAGAAAGUGCUUGUGGAUGAAGGAUCGGCACCAUAGAUCAUGUAUGAAUCUUGGAGAGACUCUAGUCAGAUGCAACUCACAGCCCUGACCAAGAAGUUGCUUCCCGUUGCCAGUCUGGCCUGCUGUCAUGCCUCCAACAACCCAGCUGCUACCUUCCCUCUCCUUCUGCUCCUGGACCCUCCAUCUACUUUGCCUCUCAUCAUUUUACCAGCCUCCAGCCCCACCUAAGCUGCCUCUCACCAUCAGCAAAAGGGACCACUCCCUAGAGGAGCCAAGAGCUCCCAAGGAAGGAUGGAGGAGAGAAGGCCAGCAUCCCAACCAGAUCCAAUGGGGACCUGUCCCCAUGCUGAAUGCUCAGGACUCUGAGUCCUGCCCUUCCCUGUUUGCAGAUCCCUUGUUUUGUGUAAUAAAGUACCUUGAGUGUUCUUAUUCA